GAACUUUGGACUGGUCCGGACGUGUUUCGGAGCGCGCGCUCGCGGUCGUCACAGUUUUCUAGAAGGGUGUGAGAGAGUGAAAAGAGCAAGAAGAAGAAAAAAGUGUGAAAAACUGUGUCAGCAGGGAAGGACAAUUUUUGGCCGUUUUCCAGGGUGCGGAUCACGGAAUUUCGGAAGUCGCAGACCGCGGAAUCGAGGGAAAUUGCGGUGAAAAACGGUCCGGGAGUUCUGGGAGUGGGAAAAGCUGGAUCAGGUGUCGCGAGCUGUUUUUUUUCUAAUUUAAUUAAUCUGAGUUUGUCGUUUUCCACGGCUUUUCCGGGGGUAGAAAAGCUUCCAAAUCGAGUUGGGCUGCCUCAAAAGGGUGGAAAAGUGUGAAAAUUCGUGCUGAAAAGCCUUCCUCAGAAGCUGCGACGGAAAAGGGGCAUCCAAUUUUCAAGAAGGCGGAGAAAAUCUUAAGUUUUCACAAUUAAUGGGAAAAUAAGUGCAGGGAAAAAAGCUCUCCGCUUGUGUUGGUGUGGAAAAGCAGUCGCGCGCUCGUUAGUGUUGGUGUGUGCAGCGUGACGAGUUGUGUCUACUCCCCCCGAAAGCAGCAGCAGCAGCAGCAGUCUUCAACGGAGGACAUCCGAGAAAAGGAAAAGCUUGUGGCGCAGUGUUGGUGCGAUAACAGCGUGGGGGUUUGUUUGUGGUCGUGAAAGGCGAUCGGAGCGCCUCUGGUGGCCAAAAAGGGGGGCGACUCUUUUUUGAGUCUUUUGUGAAGGAAAAUUACGCACAGUUGCUGCAGCGAAGGAAAGCUUUAGGAAUUGCAACAGCGGCAUCGGAGAAGGGAGUAAGGAGUGGGUGGUGGAAUUUUUCAACUUCAGGACCUUCAGCCAGUGUAAGAGCCUGUGAGGAGCAGCAGCAGCCGCACAGAUGAGUGCUUUCCUGCGUUGGGUGGUCUAACCAAUAUGGCCGAGUGGUCGCCGAGCAAUAGGACACAUCUGGAUCAACUGACGGUUGGCAGCGGCUCAAGAAGCGGCUCUCCAGGGCAACGGGGGCCAGUUUGGUCGCAAAGGAGGCCACUACUUAGCUGAUAAGAUGGGCGGCCCCAGUAGUCAGGGGGGCCAGCCUCCCGCGGGAGGUGGGCCCACGUCGCUCUUCAUCCUCUCCGAGGAUAACAUCAUUAGGAAAUACACCCGCUUCAUCAUCGAGUGGCCCCCGUUCGAGUACGCCGUGCUGCUGACAAUCAUCGCCAACUGCGUGGUGCUGGCCCUCGAGGAGCACCUGCCCCACGGCGACAAGACGCUGCUCGCCCAGAAGCUGGAAAAGACGGAGGCCUACUUCCUGGGCAUCUUCUGCGUCGAGGCCUCGCUCAAGAUCCUCGCGCUCGGGUUCGUCAUGCACAAACACUCCUACCUCAGGAACAUCUGGAACAUAAUGGAUUUUUUCGUCGUAGUCACGGGAUUCAUCACAUUAUUCCCGCAGAAGGGGCCCGAAGUAGAUCUGCGAACGUUACGGGCUAUCCGUGUGUUACGGCCCCUCAAAUUAGUGUCUGGAAUUCCUAGUUUACAAGUAGUUUUAAAGUCUAUCAUCAAAGCCAUGGCGCCGUUGCUGCAAAUAGGAUUGUUGGUCUUGUUUGCAAUUGUUAUCUUUGCAAUCAUAGGCUUAGAGUUUUACUCGGGUGCUCUGCAUAGAAGUUGUUAUAGUUUAGAAGAUAUCUCUCAAAUAGUUAAGGAGGGCGAGUUUCCGACGCCCUGCAACGCCGACAAUGACACGAUCGCACCGACGGGGGCGUACGUGUGCAACAGCAGCGACAGCACCUGCGUCGAGCAGUGGGAGGGCCCCAACUUUGGCAUCACCAGCUUCGACAACAUCGGGUUCGCGAUGCUGACCGUGUUCCAGUGCAUCACGAUGGAGGGCUGGACGGCGAUCCUGUACUGGACCAACGACGCCCUCGGGUCAACGUUCAACUGGAUCUACUUCGUGCCGCUGAUAGUGCUGGGGUCGUUCUUCAUGCUGAACCUAGUUCUCGGUGUCCUCAGCGGAGAGUUUGCCAAAGAGCGAGAAAAGGUAGAAAAUAGGCAGGAGUUCCUAAAGCUUCGUAGACAGCAGCAGCUAGAGAAGGAGCUUAACGGAUACGUCGAGUGGAUCUGUAAAGCUGAGGAAGUGAUCUUGGCGGAGGAGCGAACCACCGAGGAGGAGCGGAUGCACAUCAUGGACGCUCGAAGGAGAGCGGCGGCCAAGCGGAAAAAGCUGAAAAAUCUAGGCAAAUCCAAGUCUACCGACACCGAGGAGGACGACGCCGAUGAGGACUGCGGCGACGAUGGUUACCUCAAGUCCAAGGUGAAAACCCAGGGCAAGUGCAAGGGCUUCUGGCGGGCGGAGAAGCGCUUCCGGUUCUGGAUCCGGCACACGGUCAAGACGCAGUGGUUCUACUGGUUCGUGAUCGUGCUCGUCUUCUUCAACACGGUGUGCGUCGCCGUCGAGCACUACGGCCAGCCGAGCUGGCUGACGCAGUUCCUGUACUACGCCGAGUACGUGUUCCUGGGCCUCUUCAUGAUGGAGAUGUGGAUCAAGAUGUACGCGCUGGGGCCGCGCAUCUACUUCGAGUCGUCAUUCAACCGGUUCGACUGCGUCGUCAUCAGCGGGUCCAUCUUCGAGGUGGUGUGGUCCGAGGUCAAGGGCGGCUCCUUCGGGCUGUCCGUGCUGAGAGCUUUAAGAUUGCUUAGGAUAUUUAAGGUUACAAAAUACUGGUCGUCCUUGCGGAAUCUGGUGAUAUCGUUACUCAACUCGAUGCGAUCCAUCAUUUCUCUGCUGUUCCUGCUCUUUCUGUUCAUCCUGAUCUUCGCUCUGCUCGGAAUGCAGCUGUUUGGGGGACAGUUCAACCUGCCGGACGGAACGCCACCGACCAACUUCAACACGUUCCCGAUCGCUCUGCUCACCGUAUUUCAGAUUCUAACCGGUGAGGAUUGGAACGAGGUCAUGUACCAGGGCAUCGAGUCCCAGGGAGGCCACAAGAAGGGCAUGAUCUACUCGCUGUACUUUAUCAUUCUGGUCCUGUUUGGCAACUACACACUGCUGAACGUGUUCUUGGCUAUCGCCGUGGACAAUUUGGCCAACGCACAAGAGCUGACUGCCGCCGAGGAGGAGCAGCUCGAGGAGAACAAGGAAAAGCAGCAAAUGGAGCUGGACAAGGAAAUGGAGGCGUUGCAUCUCCAGACGGAUGGGUCGCCGCCCCGGGUUGAGGUCGAGUCGCCUUCGCCAACCCGGGGGAACGGAAGCAAGGCGAAAAAGAAACCCGGCGACAAGGAGGACGACGAGGACGACAUUCCGGACGGGCCGAAGCCCAUGCUGCCGUACUCGUCGAUGUUCGUGCUGUCGCCGACGAAUCCAAUCCGCUGCGGGGCCCAUUGGGUGGUGAACCUGCGGUACUUUGACUUCUUCAUCAUGGUCGUCAUCUCGCUGUCGUCGAUCGCGCUCGCCGCCGAGGAUCCGGUCGAGGAGGACUCGCCGCGGAACAAGAUCCUCAACUUUUUCGAUUACGCCUUCACGGGCGUGUUCACCAUCGAGAUGCUGCUCAAGAUCGUCGAUUUGGGCGUGAUUCUGCACCCGGGCAGCUACCUGCGCGAGUUCUGGAACAUCAUGGACGCCGUCGUGGUCAUCUGCGCGGCCGUCAGCUUCGGGUUCGAUAUGACUGGCAGCAGUGCCGGCCAGAACCUGUCCACGAUCAAGUCGCUGCGGGUGCUGCGCGUGCUGCGACCGCUGAAAACCAUCAAGCGAGUGCCGAAGCUGAAGGCGGUCUUCGACUGCGUCGUCAACUCGCUCAAGAACGUCAUCAACAUCCUGAUCGUGUACAUUCUGUUUCAGUUCAUCUUCGCGGUCAUCGCGGUGCAGCUGUUCAACGGCAAGUUCUUCUACUGCACCGACGACAGCAAGCACACGAGCGAGGAGUGCAAGGGUUCGUUCUUCGUGUACGACGGGCCCGACCAGCUGCCCCGGCGGGAGACACGAGAGUGGAAAACGCAAAGCUUCCACUACGACAACGUGGCCACGGCCAUGUUGACACUGUUCGCCGUGCAAACCGGCGAAGGCUGGCCUCAAGUUCUACAAAACUCGAUGGCCGCCACCUACGAAGACAAGGGUCCAAUCCAAAAUUUCCGAAUAGAAAUGUCCAUAUUCUACAUAGUAUACUUCAUAGUGUUUCCAUUCUUCUUCGUUAACAUAUUCGUGGCCUUGAUUAUCAUUACAUUUCAAGAGCAAGGUGAAGCUGAGCUGCAGGACGGAGAGAUAGAUAAAAAUCAGAAAUCGUGCAUAGAUUUUACGAUAGGUGCUAGACCGUUAGAACGUUAUAUGCCAAACAAGCGGAAUAGUUUUAAAUACAAAGUCUGGCGCAUCGUCGUCUCCACGCCGUUCGAGUAUUUUAUAAUGAUGUUGAUCGUGUUCAAUACGUUACUGCUGAUGAUGAAGUAUCACAAUCAAGGAAAAGAGUUUGAGAAAUCGUUGAAAUAUCUCAACAUGGGAUUUACCGGGAUGUUUAGUGUUGAAACGAUACUCAAAAUAAUAGGAUUUGGCGUCAAGAACUUUUUCAAAGAUCCUUGGAAUAUAUUCGAUUUUAUAACGGUUAUUGGAAGUAUUAUCGACGCAUUAGUUUUAGAAUUAGGGGAGAACUCCUUCAACGUUGGAUUUUUAAGACUGUUUCGUGCUGCACGAUUAAUCAAACUACUCCGACAAGGUUAUACAAUACGAAUAUUACUGUGGACAUUUGUUCAAUCAUUCAAAGCACUGCCAUAUGUCUGUUUGCUGAUUGCCAUGCUAUUUUUUAUCUACGCAAUUAUCGGCAUGCAGGUGUUUGGAAAUAUUGAACUAGAGCCUGAAUCAGCUAUCACUAGACACAACAACUUCCGUUCCUUUGUCCAAGGGCUGAUGCUAUUGUUCAGAUGUGCAACGGGCGAGUCGUGGCCGAACAUUAUGCUGGCAUGUCUCAAAGGGAGACCGUGUGACCCGAGGGCAAACAAAACGAACGAAACCUGCGGAUCGACGCUGGCCUAUGCGUACUUCGUCUCGUUCAUCUUCUUCUGCUCGUUUCUUAUGUUGAACUUAUUCGUCGCCGUCAUCAUGGACAACUUCGACUAUCUGACACGUGAUUCCAGUAUUCUCGGCGCUCACCAUCUGGACGAAUUCGUACGGAUAUGGGCCGAGUACGAUCCAAACGCUACGGGUAAAAUACAUUAUACAGAGAUGUAUGAUAUGUUGAAAAACAUGGAUCCUCCUUUGGGAUUUGGUAACAAGUGUCCCAACCGACUCGCCUACAAGAAGCUCAUCCGCAUGAACAUGCCGCUGGACGCGGAGGGCAAGGUCGGCUUCACGACGACCCUGUUCGCGCUGAUCCGGGAAAACCUCAACAUCAAAAUGAGAACUGCCGACGAAAUGGACCAAGCGGACUACGAACUGCGACACACGAUCAGCCACAUCUGGCCGCUGCAGGCGAAGAAGCUGCUGGACCUGCUGGUGCCCCACAAGGACGAGCUGAACGCGGGCAAGCUGACGGUGGGCAAGAUCUACGCCGGCCUGCUCAUCCUCGAGUCCUGGCGGAACACCAAGUUCGGCCAGAUCGAGUCGGACCUGCCGGCACAAGAUGCAAGCAAAAAUAGUCCCACGGCCAGACUGCCGAAGCCAUCGCUCUUCAACGCGAUCCUGGACAUGGCCGCCCUGGAUAAGACGAGCGGUUCCCGGACCGGUUCGGUGAGCAUCGAUAACGGCGAGGGCGUCAACUCGCAGACGCACCUGCUGUACGUGCAGCAGCCGAACGGGAACCACGCCGGCAACGGGCCGGCCACCGAGGACCACGAGGGCGGCACCCUGGCGAACCUGGCCCGCCGGAGCACGAUGCGCAAGCGGUCCUUCAGGAGCAGAAAGGAGUUGCAGGACGUUUCCCGGCAGCCGUCGCUGGAAUCGCUAACCGGUGCGGAUGGUCAUCUUCAUCCGGGGCACGCGUACCACAACGGUCACCGGCGGUCGCCGAGUUUGAGAAGGGAGUCCCCGCUGGUGAGAACGCCAAGCCCGCGCCGCCGGCAGCACCCCCCGCACCACGAUAUCGGCUUUUCGGACACGGUUUCGAACGUGGUCGAAAUCCAGAAGGAAGACCAGAGACGGGGUAGGCAUCACUACGGCUACGCCCACAGGCACAAUCGAGGUUCCUGGUCAGCGUCAACUAGCCCUGCCCGUUCGCCAUCACCCAGUCGUUUCGGUGUACAUAGUAGUGCCCAACAUCGUAGUAAAAAAGAACGUCCCAAAAACCAUCCGGCCCACCAACCGUACGACACGACGAUCCUCUGCGAGCGGUCCCGAUCGCCGAGUCCUGCCAGCCUGCUCCAAGAGCUGCGGGACCGGGAUCACACGCGGCGGAAGUAUAGGAAUGGAAUGGGUCCACCAGGUCACGUCCAGCACAGCUACCCGGUGUUGGUAACCCGUCGCCAAGGCCAGGGUCGCCGUUUGCCACCGACCCCGUGUAAACCGUCGACGCUCCAGCUGCAGCAGACCAACAUCAACUUCCCCAAGCUGAACGCUAGCCCCACCCACACGCUUCACUCGGCCCACACGACGCCGCACAGUGUUCACUCGUUGCCACCGUCGCGGGAGUUCCUGCGCGAGCACCACCAGCAUCACCACCUGCACGGCGGCGGAGGCCCUCGGGAGCAUCAUCACCAUCACCAGCACCAGCACCGGGAUCUGUACUACAGGGAGAGGGACCGCGAGCGGGACCGGGAACGCUACCGGAGCAGUCGCAGCGAACGCAUUACGGAUGCGUACGGUGGCGGGGGUAGUGUCGUUGGGGCGCCCCAUGCGACGCCGACGCCGCCGCCGUCGCUGCACUACGAGUUUCGCGAUCGGGAGCGCGAGCUGUACGAGCGCGAGCGGGAGAUUGAGCGCGAGUUCGAGCGGGAGUAUGAGCGCAUGGAACACCACGUGCCCCUGUCCUACGAGCAAGCGCUGGCAAUGGGCCGUUCUGGAGGUCGCGUACUCCCGUCGCCCAUCCUGAACGGGUACAAACCCAAAGGGGGUGGAGGCGGCAGCGCCAUCGGGCUCCACUCGUCCCGGCACUCGGACUCGGACGACGAAGACUGGUGCUAGCACAGGGUGAGACGUCGCCAGUGCGAACAGCGAAAGCACCACCGCGAGCAAAUCUGGGUUUAAUCUGCCAUGGUUUGAACCCGAGAUUAACUAGAACAAAAAAAAAGUAUAAGAUUUCCUGCAUUUUCUCGUGCGUAAGGCCUUAGUUAGGAGCGAAUAGCGAGUUGCCAGAUUAAACUAAUUUCCUUUCGAGGACAUGCAAACAAAAAAGCCAGAUUACUAGAACAGAAAAUCGUUGCCGAGAAAAUGAACAAACAGAACCUGCCUUUAAAGCCACACAAAAAAUGAGAACAGAUAAGAAAAACAUAACUAGACACUCGAACACAAACAAACAAUUCUACUGAAAUCGACGGUAAACCUAAACUAACGCGCGAACGUUGAAUAGUAAAAUAGAGGAGAUCCUUUGUAUAGUUACUAACUUUCCAAGUAUUUACCACAAUGAUGAGUCGAACGGGCGCAAUUGUAAAUAGUAAACAUAAAGUUUUUCAAGGAAAAAAAAAUACUCAAACCAACUUGCAUCACCCAAUCUUACCGAAUAUUUUCUCACACUCUGAAAGUUGAAAUCCUAAACUGUUCAGCAGGGUUGCUUUUCCACCGCACUUAAUCCGCUCAUCAGCACACUUUAACUGAAAACUUAUCAAACAAACAAAAAUAUAGAUAAAACAAGACUGAAUUUCAACCAAAAAAAUAAUAAUAACACAAUUGGGCAACUACUGACAGAAACAGCGAGCGUUUGUAGAUACACCAGAAAUGAAGGGGAAAACUAAAAAACAGGUAGAAACUUUUUUGAGGAAUUCUAGAACGAACUUAGAACACCGCCGAUGCAUAUUUGAGGAAGCAGGGACGAUUUACAUUGCCUAGGUUCAUAGUUAGAUUGUUAUAAUUUUCAACUUUCUCGUUGCAAUACGAGAAAGGUUGCCAAAAAGAUGCAGUGUUGAUUUAUUCUGGUGAUUUUUAUUCACAGAAAAAUAAACUAGACUAGCUAGAGUGGAAACUGAACAGUUUGAAUGAACACGAAACCGAGUAGACUUUUUAUACAUGAAAGAAGAAAAAAAAACGUAUUUAUAUGGGCGACUUAAGAUUUUUGCUCGAAUUAGUUAUUGAACAGACUUAGGAAAUUUAAGAGGAAAAUUUAACAGAGGGAGAAACCACCAGUACCAACUUGCAAUACGAGUAGCGACCAUACAAUGCACAAUACACAAACACACACACACACAGGCACGCAAUCAAAUUUUGGACGACACUUUGCUUGUAGAUCUUGUUGCAGCUGCAGAAUAUCAAUGACACAAACAAAAGAGCACCCUGCUGAGCGGUUUUUGAAUUAUAUUAAAUUUAUGAAAAAUAGGGAUAUUUUCAAUCAUGUUUUAAUUUGUGUACCAUCAUGUGACACGUUUACUGAAUUAAAAAAAAAAACAAUUAUUACAAAAAAAGUUUAGAACACAGUAAUUUCAGUAAUAUUCACCGCAUUUUAAAAAAAACCUGAAAUAAUAAAAAACUUCAUAAGAGAAUGUGGAUUCCUUUUUUGUUGCUUGCUCUAAAGACUUUUUAAAAUAUGAACUUACAUGAAUUUUACCACAUUUAAUCAUUUUUUUUAACAUUUCCAAAUUCUCUGAUGUUAUAUUUUCAAAUUUAAGAUCGCAAACAGACUUAGCAAACAAUCUAAUAUCUUUUUAAGUUCUUAGAUAUUUUGCUAACUUUACGCAGAAGCAUAAUUGGAAUUAUAUUUUUUUAAGUACAUACUUAAAAAUACUUAAAAAUUGUAAUUUCCUUCGGAUAUCAACAAACAAGAUAUUUUGUAUGGAUUUUAACUACAUUUGAGUUUAUAAAUAGUUGAAUUCAACGUUUAAAUUAGGCCUUUGCAAAUAUUUUUCAAAGUUUAUGUCGCCGACACCCCAUAAAAACUUCAAAAUUUUAAUGGAAAUAGAAGUCUUAACAACUGAAACUGUUUCGAAAUGUGUUUCUCUGCGUUGAGAAACAUAAUAAUCAUGUUUGAGUAUUUUUAAAAAUAUUUAGAAUUUACGUAAGCUUCCAGUUUACAGUACUUUUUUAAUGUUUUUUUUUUUUGCGAAAAAACUUAUGAUUGCAUAACAACUGGACUGGUGUAAAAACACUUUUUCAUUCAAAUGUUGAAAUCAUGGCUUGUAUUUUCAAUAUGUUUUAUGUUCACUAUCCAAAGUACAUUCAAAACGCUAAUGUCGCGAAAUCGAUACGAAUAUUUAGCGUCGUAAUUUGAAAAAAUCCAGCAUAUUGCUAAAAAUUGUGUAUUUUUUAUUUAAAAUUCUAAUGUUGUUAGAACUAGAGGGUCAAAUUUCCUGUCCCGGGAUUUCCCAAAAAAAAUUAUAUCUCGAUUCCCGGGAAAUUUGUAAAUUCCCGAAAUUCAAGCGAAAGGUAUAUAAAACUCUUAUUGAACUUAUAAGGUCGUGCGAAAAUUUCAUGACAAGGUUUUAUUUAGAUAAUAUUAAUUUCUGAAGCAUUCACAACUAGAAAUAGAUCUUUUUUAUUUGUUGGGCAACAAAAAUUACGAUAUUAUGGAAUGAAAAUAAACUAUUAUAAUUUAAACAAAAAUUGUUGUUAUAUCAUUUCAAAUUAAGCUACUCCGUAAUUGCCAAGAUCAAAAUUUACGUUUUUGUUUACCAUGACCAAAUUGGAUAAAAAUAGCCUUAGUAUCGUUAAAUUACUAAAAGAGGUUUGUGCAAGAAGAACAAGGUUAAUUUGUUCAAAAGUGUUUGAGAAAUUACAGUUGAAAACUAAAAAAUAAUAAUAAAGCUACCAAGGGCAUAAAACGUUUAAAUAAAUAAAAAAAAAAAACAUCAAAACUACUUUUAUUGCCAUGAAAAUUCUUCUAGCCAAAGUCAUUAAUUAAGCUAAAACAUUAAAAAAAUAUUAUUCGUUGCAUAAGAAGGUGCCCAAAAAAUGCUAACAUAUUUCAUAACUCGCUCCAAAUAUUUGAAAACUUUGAGUUGUGAUUCCAUAAAAAUGGUGUAUCAAAUAAAAAGCAGACUUUCAUGGUAAAUUCAAAGCUUAUCUAUUUAAUAAUGAGUUCAAACCAAGUAGAUUUGUUCUGGCAAAAAGAAUUUUGUUGCAAAAUGAUAAUCUGAACCUGGAUCAUCACAACUUUCAAUUAAUUUUAAAUUUCCCGAGAAUUCUCAGGAUUUUCGGUAAAUUUGUUAGAAAAAAAUCCCGUUUCCCGGGAAUUCUGUAACGCCGGGAAAUUGAACGCCUUAUUAGUACCCAUGAAAAAUUAUAGCUUAAGAAUUGUAAAAAAAUACGUUAUUGUGUGUAAAAUUUGUUACUUUAUAAGUAAAAGCUUACGCAAAUGAUAGAGGUUUAUUUUAGAAACUUACUUGUAAUGGGUUACUGUCGGAUAUCGCCGAUAAAAUAACCAUUAUCCUUAUCGAUUAUCGAUGAGGUUAGCGUCAAUGCAUCUUAAUUUGAAAUUAAAAAGAACAGCAAAUCAAACAUAGGAGUUAUUUUAUGCCUCAAGUGAUUUUUUUUUAAAUAAGUAUCGUAAAUUGGAUUGACCACAAACACAAACAAACAAAUGCUGUAAUGUCUUUUUUAAAAAAAAGCAAGAUCCAGUUUUCCACAAAACACAAACUUUUGACCUUAAGAGUGUGAGGAAUUUCGAUAACAAAUCAUAACGUACUUUGCAUCACUUUCAUCAUUUUCAAUCCUUUUUGCUACUCUGCCCAAAUUCGAAAAAGAAGAAAAAACGAUAUAUUUCCCUCACCCAUCGCGAACGUUUCCGAAGAAACAACGUUCAAAACUCGUAUUUUUAUGCACAGAAUCGGAACCAACUAUAACCAUUGAAACAUGCUUGAAUUGCCAAACUGCCAAAAGAAAAUCACACUAGCAAAACCGAACAAAACAAGAAACGAUAGCAAAUAAACCAAAAAUACUUUAUUUCAAAGCAAAACAAAAACCCCGAAAUAUCUGAUCAAACUUGAAUAAAUAUUCUACGACGCUGAACCGAAGUUGUUCAACCAAACCGCGCGAAAGUAAUCCAUUUCUCACAAUGUGAGACUGAUGAGUUUGUAUAGAAGAAAAAGUAAAAAAAAAAGACAUCGCAAACAUUAUGUGUGCAUUAGCUAACCAACAUAUUUGCGGAACAAAAAAAAAAGAGACCACAUAGAAUCAUCAUCGUUCAUCAAUCUUAGCUAGUUGUUAGUAGACGUGUUAGAUGGAAAACGGACCGAAACGAGGUGUAGCAUUUAGUGUUCAACUUAAGAGGAAAUAAAAAAGCUGAUUAAUCAUGUAAAAUUCGUAUGAAAAGAUUAAACAAGAAAAACUAAACCCGAUUUAUAUAAUAGCAAAACCAAAAAGUAAAACCGAAAAAGAGAAAUAUUUCUAUUACCGUAGAGUAAGAAGUACUUUUUAAUCUCUAGCGAAACCUGUACAUACAUUUUUCUGUGAUACAUAAAUCGUAAAAAAAAUAAAACAAAAAAGUAAGCAAAACUAAUUGACGUAAGCCGAGGACUAAACCUUUUUUGCAAACCAACUUUAAGCCGCGUGAGCCCGCGAUGGAUGAAGAGUGCGUCGUCGUUAAUCAGAAUUGCUUGGUGCGUGAUUAUGUUGAGCUUUUCCGUUUUAGCCUAAAUUUUUCAGUUUCGACUCCACAUAUUGCUGUGAUUGUAGCUAAAUUUCGUUAUGUUCGCGCAAAACAAAAUAAUAAUAAAAAACGAUGGUUUCGCGUCGCGCGUUCAAUGUUACUUCAAAUGAAGCAUGACAAGUAUCAUGUUGAAACGGUUCAUAUUUGUCAAGCAGCGAAUAAUUUACCCUCAAUCAGAUUUUGUCAAACAGUUCCCCCCAAUGCCCUAAUCACGCCAGAGUUUAUUACAAAAAGGAAAAAAAUGAUAAUACGGUUUGCCAAAAAAAGCAGUAGUUGGUUAUGAUCUGAUACGGAUUGUAGUGGAAAUACAGCAUACAUAUAAAGUGGAUACCAGUUUAAGCAGAUUGUAAAACGGAAUAAAAGAAACCCUUAGGCAUCUAUUA